AUGGCGAAAAACAUCACAGUUCCCUAUGUCUCCGUCAGUGAUUUUGACUGGGGCCUGAAUCUGGAGGCUUCAGCCUCUCUGCCCUGGAAUCCGACAAUUUGGUCCCUAGUCGCAGCCUUAACCGCACUCCCACUCUGGAUGACCCUGGAACUCACCGUCUCAGUGCUCUACGUCUUCCAGCGCUGGUCGGGGCUCUACUUCUACGCCGUCCUAAUCACAGCAUGGAGCAUCUCCCUGCACGCAAUCGGUUUCUUGCUGUCCUACUGCGUCCCGUCCUGUAACUGGAUCGCAAGCUCCAUAAUGACCGAACUCGGCUGGGUCGGCAUGGUAACCGGCUUCUCGCUCGUGCUCUACUCGCGACUGAAUUUGAUGAGCUUCAUCAUGCGCAAUCGCCACAUUUCGCGGAUCGCGCUGGCGAUGAUCAUCACGAAUGCGGUGUUGUUCCAUAUUCCGACCUUUGUGGUUUUCAUGAUUGGGGUUUCCAGUCCCGGUUUGUUUGUGAAGUAUAUCUCCGCCAUGAACGCACUCGAGCGUGUUCAGAUCGUCAUGUUUUCCGUCCAGGAGCUCAUUCUCAGCGGUUUGUAUAUAUACGGCACUUUCAAGAUGGCGCAAGACUCGUUCAACAGUCGGAUCCGCAGGACGAUCGUGUUGCUCAUCACCGUACAAAUUGCCGCUGUAUGCUGCAGCGCGCUGCUGAUCGUCUUGGAUUUUGCGGGAUACUAUAUCCUCAAGUCCUUCAUUCAUUCGUUUGUGUAUGCGAUCAAACUAAAACUGGAAUUCGUCAUUUUGAAUGAGUUUAGACGCCUUGUUACGCAGGCGAGCUCCGGGCCCGGGAUUAAUGAGAAGGAUUUGACGAUGGCGAGUAAUGGCGCCUUGUUUCCUUUUUUGAAGAAACAAGAUUCGCCGGCUGGAGGAAGGGUCGAUGAAAUAGAUAUGGAGAUACGGCCUGUUUGA